AUGAAGAAGAAGAAGAAGAGGAAGAAGAAGAAGAAGGAGAAGAAGAAGAAGAAGAAGAAGAAGAAGAAGAAGAAGCGAUCGCUGGAACAAGCACCAACGAUCGCUUCUUCUUCUUCUUCUUCUUCUUCUUCUUCUUCUUCUUCUUCUUCUUCUUCUUCUUCCGAUUUGUUCGGUACCUUGCGAGUUCAUCACACUAAGACCGGCGACUCAGUGCCCCGAGCCUCGGCAUACACCCGCCGCUUCCGACUGAGUUGCCCAUACUGCCCUCGCAAAUGCACUCACCGUAUGGACCUAUCCGGCCACAUGAGUAUCUACGAAAGCAGAGUUCACUGCAAUCUCGACAUGCCAAACCCAUCAUACAUGCCCGGCAACUCUCCCAUCUCUAGCUCCGCCCAAUCCCCACCAUCAGCAUUUCCACCACUAUCAGAAUCACCACUGCAACCAACUCAGCAGCUACGAGCCCAUACUUUCUAUACUGCCAAUGCACAUGCACGUCACGCAUAG